AACAAAUUGGGGCAGAAAACAUAGCAAACUAAAUUGAGGGCAAUCACGACAAAAAAGUCUACACAGAAAAAUGGAAGAAGUGCCCCUUGGAUCAUCGAAGAAGAUGAUAGCAACCCAACAAGAAAUGGUGGAUAACCGCGUCCCAAUCCCAUACAGAGACCAGUGUGCCCAUCUCCUCAUUCCCCUCAACAAGUGUCGCCAAUCUGAGUUUUAUCUGCCAUGGAAGUGUGAGAAUGAGCGCCACUCUUAUGAGAAGUGUGAGUAUGAGCUUGUUAUGGAGAGGAUGCUGCAGAUGCAGAAGAUUAAACAGAACCAGGAGCUCAAGAAGUCUGAUGGGGUCCCUCUUAUUCCCUCCACUGCUAAUGCUUCUUGAUUUUUAAAGGAAUUGCAGCGAUGUUGAAUCUGAGGACUUGUAUUCCUGGAUGAUUGCUGACUUGUUUUGGUAUCAAACAUAUUUGGAAAUCUUUGUCUGUAUUCUAUAAUGUGGAAGACCAAUUUCUUCUCCUCAUUCAGUUCAUGAAUAAAAAUAAUGCUACUAAUUGACAUACUCUUUUUAUUACUUGAUAGUUCAUUGUGGUGCCUCGUGCUUUUAUGGAAGAAGCUUUAAAGAA